UCUCCUACUACAAAUACUGUGUUACCUGGUUCGAGAAAAUUUGUCAUCUGUAGUUUCAAGGUUAUCCCUCAGGUUGAGGAUGCUGUGAAUCUGGUAAGGAGAAUAGAAGAAACUGGUGUUGCAGCCAUUGCAGUCCAUGGAAGGAAGGAGGAGGAGAGACCUCAGCACCCUUCUGAAGCAUUCUCCAUUCCAGUAAUAUCAAAUGGAGGAUCUCAUGACUUCAUCAAUGAAUAUACAGACAUUGAGACCUUCCAGAAAGCAACAGCUGCCUCAUCAGUAAUGAUAGCUUGUGCUGCCAUGUGGAACCCAUCUAUCUUCAGAAAAGAGGCUCUUGUCCCCUUGAAGGAUAUCAUGCAAGAUUACAUCAAAUAUGCAGUGAGGUAUGAUAAUCACUAUACCAACACAAAGUACUGUUUGUGUCAGAUGUUAAGAGAACAGUUGGAAACUGCUCAGGGUAAGAAGCUGCAUGCUGCGCAGUCCACACAGGAGAUCUGUGAAGCCUUUGAAAGGGCUGACUUCUACAAAGAAACAACAGCUAUUUUUGAAGCAAAGAAAACAUCCUCAGAAAAUGAGACCCAAGAUGAAGAUAACCAAGUGGAAGAUCCAGAUGUAAUAAUGGCUGUUAGAUUUGACAAGCAAGAAUAUCCACUACAGAUUACUCCAAAAAUGUAUCUUCUGGAAUGGCGUAGGAAAGAAAAGCAUCCUCAGCCUGUUUAUGAAACUAUUCAAAGACCACUGGAUAGAUUAUUCUCUUCAGUAGUGACAGUAGCUGAGCAAAAAUACAGAUCAACACUCUGGGACAAGUCAAAGAAACUAGCAGAACAGGCUGAAGCUAUUGUCUGCCUGAGAACAUUGGGUGUCCCAGAGGGAAAGCUGAGAGAGGGAGAAAAUCACCUGAUUAACAAAUGCAAGAGGGAAGACCAGGAGCACUUGAAUAACAGAGACCAUGGAGAAGAUCUUGCUGAGCCUUCCCAUAAAAAAAAAAAAGCUAAUUUUACUGAAGAAACUUCUGACAGGAAUGUGCCUAAGAUGCCACAAUAGCAUGAAAAUUAGGUUUCACACCUGGGCAGCUACAAAUUAGCUCCUGUUUGUAUA